AUGACUACCUCGGAAGUCUCCCCGUCUAGCUCCCCGCGUCUUCCCAGUCCGCCACCGUUCACAGAGGACCAGAUAGGGCCUCAGUCGCCAUCGUUCGGCGAGUCAUUUGGCAAAGAUUCGGAGCAGCUUCUCGGAGGUGCGGCCGGCGAUGACGAUAGCUCCACGCGCCGUAUCCGGCCGGGUACCAAGGCGGCCGACAUGGCGUUUGGCCCACCACUGAUUCCUCUGUCGCAGCUCGACUCCCCUUUUCAACUACAGGAACAUCUCAAAGCGCUCUACCACCAUUUCACCAAGCCCGAAGGAUCAGACACGGUGGUCCCGAUCAACCGCGAGGUCGCAAUCCAGCUCGCAGAGCCCCCAGAGGGAGUUGACCGGUCGCUCUGGCUUUAUGAGCUAUGCCGCUUCUUAACAAUGAAAGUGAACAACCUCAUCAUCGCAUUUUUUGCCGAGAACCCGCCUUGCUCGUCGCAAACCUGCCCGGAGAUGCGAGCGUCGGAAUGGCAGUACCUUUGCGCCGUGCAUGACCCGCCUAAAUCAUGUUGCGCCAUCGACUACUGCUGCCACACACUCGACUGGGCCACCAACACUCUCACGUCUCCUAAAUACUUCCCCAGCCGCCUGACUUUGGGUGCCGAAGGCUCCGGUGGUCCCCAGGCCAGCAUACGACACUUGACGAACAUCUUCCGCCGGCUCUACCGCAUAUUUGCGCACGCUUGGUUCCAGCAUCGUGAUGUCUUCUGGGAGGUAGAGGGGCACGAUGGUCUCUAUGUUUUCUUUAAGACCGUCUGCGACAUGUUCAGCCUUAUUCCGGAGGAUAACUACACCAUUCCCCCGGAGGCGGAAGGCCCCGAUGCCGUCCAGCCUAAGGUGGCUGAGCCUGCCGACAACAAGCGAUUGACGAUCCUUCGCAAGGAAAAUGAAGACCCCUUUAGCACGAGCGUUGAGGGCAUGGACCCAUCAAUCAGUACUGGCGCUACUACACGCCGUCACAAGCACAGCCCGUCUACGGGAUCGCGUGUUACUACCAUUACCGAGAGUGCUGAGGACAAUGAUGACUCUCCUCAAGCUUCUGCACCCCUCCGAGAGGUCCUACAAGAAGAAUCCCAGCCACAGGUAGCUGAGGAGCCACCUGCUGAGGAGACAAGGGAACCGCCCUCCGAAAGUGAAGGCCCAACUGCUGCGGAGGAACCAGCAGAAGGUGUUAUCCCAGCUGAAAAGACCCUUGAGGAACCUGAGCAGCCCGCAGAGGAAGCUGUGAUUACAGACACAGAAAAGCCUCACGAAGAGCAAACUGAAGCACAAAAAGGUCAAGAGGACGUAAAACCUCAGGAAUCUACCGAUGAGACUCAUAAGGGUGAAGUGACCACCCCUUCUAUUGCUGAAGAAAAUAAAGAACUGCAGCAGGAGCCCGAGCCUGAACAGCAGACUGAUUCUUAA